ACACCUCCUCUGGGAGUGUUUAGUAAAUGGAUUUGGUCGGGCACUGUCGACCUCAGCCGGGCAGUCGCAUCCUGGCAGCGAAAGUGUAAAGUACGGAUAAUGGGUAACAAAGUGGUCACUUUCACCGAUCAACAGUUGGAGGACUAUCAGGAUUGUACGUUCUUCACGCGGAAGGAGAUUUUAAGAGUGCACCAGCGCUUCCGGGAGACGAGUCCGGACUUGGUUCCGCCGGUGAUGACCGAGGGCCAGGCGACGUCCAUCCAGGUGCCGCGGGAGAGGAUCGAAAAGUCGCCGGAGUUGGUGGAAAACCCGUUCAAGACCCGGAUGUGCGAGGCCUUCUCUCGGGAUGGAGAUGGAAAUUUGACCUUUGAGGAUUUUCUGGACCUGCUUUCGGUGUUCAGCGAGCAGGCACCGCGGGAUAUUAAAGUGUUUUACGCGUUCAAAAUUUACGACUACGACCAGGACGGUUUCAUCGGCCAAUCGGACCUACUGAACGUCAUCACCGCCCUCACACGGAACGAGCUGACCCUCGAGGAGCACCAGCAAAUCGUGGAAAAGGUCAUCGAAGAAGCGGACGUUGACGGCGACGGAAAGCUGUCGUACCUGGAAUUCGAGCACGUGAUUACCCGUGCGCCGGAUUUCAUGUCCACGUUUCACAUUCGGAUCUAG